AUGGCGAUUUCAUCUAAUGACCAACCAUCUUCGACAAGCCUCUUGGAACGUCUUCCAGGGAAACUACCUCAGACCCGGAUUCCAGAUGACGUCGAUCUCCAAGCAGGGCCAAAUGCCAUCGCUGAUAAGUUCUCUCGACUAAGCGCAGAUGACUUCACGGACGAUGCGUUAUGGCGUGAUACUUACGGCCUUACUGGCACGAUGCGCACAUUCUAUUCUGGAGACACAAUUGCUACUAUUUGGAACAUUUUAAGUAAAAGUCGCGGCAUUGUGUCCCACGCCAAAGUCGUUCCGAGCUCUGCCAAAGUCCUUAGGUUGGAUGAAGAGACCUCUUGGAUAGAGUGUCGGCUUUUCUUCCAGACCGAAUAUCCUGCGACAGACUGCUCAGCAAUCAUACACUUGGUCCCAAGCGCCAGUGGAGAAUGGAAAAUCUGGGUAUUACGCACAAUCCUCGAGCAGAUUUCUGGCCAUGGAAACGUCGAUUCUCUCGCGCCUUGUAUGCCGCUGGCUAACGGCUACAUACAAGUAGAACACAAAAUUACAUCAUCAAUGAAGGAUCCUCAUUUUCAUGCUGUAGUUGUUGGUGGCGGCCAAAGUGGGCUCAGUACCGGCGGCCGGCUCCAAGCACUGGGAGUGUCCUACGUUAUAUUAGAGAAGAAUGAAGAGGUUGGCGAAGCUUGGGGUCUAAGAUACAACUCUGCCAAACUUCACACAGUUCGAGAAUAUUCACACCUCCCAUUUGACCGUACAUUUGGCUCUGAGCUGGGCGAAUACCUAGGUAAAGAUCAAUUGGCCGCUGGUCAUAAAAGAUGGGCUGAGAAGUAUGGAAUCCGCCGGAAUCAAAAUAUCUGGCUUUCGACGACGUUAGUAUCAGGAAGCUGGAAUGAAGAUCAGCAACUUUAUACUCUCAUGAUUAACAAGACUGGGAUUAUCUCAAAAAUAACAGCGAAACAUGUUGUUUUUGCUACAGGAGCCGGAUCGCAAGUUCCUUUAAUACCGGAGUGGCCAGACAAGGAUAAGUUUAACGGUAUCAUAAUGCAUUCACAGAACUACAAGUCAGCCGAGGGGUGGAGAGGAAAGCGAGGAAUAGUUGUCGGCACAGCAAAUACAGCUCAUGAUGUUGCUGAUGAUAUGCUUGAAGAGGGAAUGGCGGUAACGAUGAUUCAGCGUAGCCGUACCUUUGUGCUCCCAGUAGAAUACAUCGCGAGUCGAUAUCACGUGCUGUAUAAUGAAAACAUACCAACAGAAAUGAGCGAUCGAACGAUGUUUAGCAAUCCCGUUUCAGUCAGUCGACUCCUCUCAGCCAAAUCGUUCCAUGCUAUGGCGAGAGCAGAGCCGAAAAGAUGGGAAGCCCUUGAGAAUGCUGGCUUCAGGGUGGAUCCUUACGGGGAUAUCCAAGAAGCAAUCAACAUCAAAUUAGGAGGCCAUUACAUCGACGUCGGCACGUCAGCCAAAAUCAGCAAAGGCUAUAUUAAAAUCAAGUCAGAUGCGUUGGUGGAAAGAUAUACUUCCUCUGGCCUGCUUUUCACGGACGGCACGAAGAUUGAUGCAGAUGUUAUUGUGCUUGCUACAGGCUUUAAUGGCAAUUUGCGAAAUGAUGUUGAACGCAUUUUUGGCAAGGCCGUGGCGGAUUGUGCCGGCGACUGUUUCGGCAUUAACGAAGAAGGCGAAGUGCUUGGAGCUUUUCGCGUACUACAGCAGCCUGGUAUGUGGUAUCUUGGUGGAGCGUUGGGUCAUGCAAGAUAUUAUUCUCGGUUCAUUGCACUUUCAAUCAAGGCAGACGAGCUGGGUAUGCCAUUUCCCGUAUAUGUAGACUAG